AUGUCUGAUCUAUACCGCUCUGCUCUCAGCGCACGACUCGCCAAGCUACCUCCCACCCUCCCGGACGGUGACGAGGAGGAAGAGGAGGAGAGUGACUCCAUAGGCGAUCUUCCAGGGAGUGGGUUAGGACCCCCCGCUAUGCAGAUCUACCAUGUUCAUGCAAUCUUCGAAAGGCCUGCCCGACAUCCACGUCUCAAACCAACGAAGGUCCCGAACCCGCGCUUUGCCCCGAUUUCAGCAUCAACGUACUUUGAGCAGGCUCUCCAAGUCGCCGUGCCAACGCGAGGACUCGAUUGUCGCGUCUACUAUACAGCGGCGAAGCAGAAGGAUGGAACAGUAAUGAUAUGCCACCACGGGGCGGGCUAUUCGGGGCUCAGCUUUGCGUGUUUUGCGAAAGAGGUGACGGAGAUGACAAAGGGCGAGUGUGGCGUACUCUCGAUAGACGCCCGACGCCAUGGGAAGACGACCUCGACGGACAGCGACGAUGCCGAUUUCUCGAUUGACGUCCUCGUCGCUGACUUCCUAGCCAUUGUGGAAACCAUCUUUCCUAAUCCAGUGUCUGCACCUACGCUCCUGUUCGUUGGUCAUAGCAUGGGUGGAUCGGUGAUCACUAGAACGUGUCCGCUACUACUAGAAAAGAAGUAUCGUAUUGCGGGAGUUUCCGUUUUAGACGUUGUCGAAGGUUUCUCCAUUGAAGCCCUACCCCACAUGAACAGUCUCCUGAACGCUCGUCCCGAUGGAUUUGACAGUAUGGAAGAAGCCAUUGAAUGGCACGUGACGACCAAUACAAUCCAUAACGCUGCAUCUGCGCGAGUCUCCAUUCCCGCUAUAAUCAUACACAAGGAAGGAUCUAUUCCCCCAUACCAAUGGAGAACGCCCUUGCGCUCCACCGCCCCCUACUGGCUGAGCUGGUUCCAAGGCCUCUCCAAAUCCUUCCUGAGUGCACGUACAGCGCGCCUGCUCGUCCUUGCGGGAACAGAUCGCCUAGAUAAGGAGCUGAUGAUUGGCCAAAUGCAGGGCAAGUUCCAAAUGGUUGUCGUCCCCGGGGUAGGUCACAUGCUGCACGAGGAUGACCCGACAAGGCUGGCGGAGAUCCAUGUCGAGUUCUGGAAGAGGAACGAGCGUGUGUUGGUCGGCGUCAAGAAAGUGGGCGAGUUGUAG